UGCUCAAUAAAUUCUAGUCGUUUCCCCUCCAGUCUCUUUAUUUCCAACCUCUACUUAGUCUCCAGUAAACCUUAAAAGAGACACGAUAUCUUCCAAGCACCGUUUAUCAUUUACUACUUUCCAGCUACCAAACAGAACAAACAGCCCUUUACAAACCGGGCUCAGGCUUCCCUCCUGUGGUAUCAACACGCAUUAGCCUCAGUCCUGGUCAGAUCGAGCCGGUCCGUGCAGUCCUCCCUCUCCGCCUCCCCUUGGUCUCCAGCCCGGAAUGCCAUCUCCGCCUCUGCGCUUCCCGGGCUUCCGGUCCGCUCCAACUCCAGCUGGCCCACGACGCCUUUCUAGUCAGCCCAACUCACCCCGGUCUCUUGCCCCAAUCUUUGUAAAGCUUCCGAUCCUAUCUGGCGCGUCGGAAGCGGCUUCCCUGGGGAAUUGCAAUCCAAAGCGAUCACUGCUGUCUUUGGAACUUUCCGGAAUUCCCUCACGCCCGCGCUCCCCAUUCCACCUUCCACCUCGCUCGCGCUGCAGUAGCAGUGGGUUUCAAGUGAGCGUGCCUGCCGGAGGUCGGGGCUAAGGUUCGUGCAAGCCUGGCUAUCACCCUAAGAGGCCAAUGGACAAGGAGGGGCAUAAGCAUACGGUUUUAACAAGACAGCACUUCGCUGCCGCAACGCAGGAGCUUGCACAUCCACGAAGGGGAAACUGAGGCCCAGGGUACAGUGAUUUGGUCCGGGUCACUGGGUGAGUGGUGCGCGCAGGCCUGGAUCUUUGGGUUUCCAGGAGUGGCCGUGGCCAGCAGCAUCGGAGGGGUCGGCCCUCCUUAGGAUCCCAGUGCCGGGGAUGGGCGGUGGAGCCCAGGUCUAGACGGCGGCAAGGAGCCCAGGGGGCGGGGGCGGGGGCGAGGCCGGGCGGGGCCGACACAGGUGCUCCUCAUCCGGCCGGCUCCGCGGAGCUUUAUAAGCAGCCGGACGCCGAGCUGUGCGCGGCUCGCUGCAAAAAUAGUGCCCACGUGUGUGCGCGUCCCUCGCCGCGCCCGCCCGGCAUUCCCGCAGGGCCACGCCGGGCCCCAUGGCGUUUCCUCUGGAAGAAGAAGCAGGAAGGAUAAAAGAUUGCUGGGAAAACCAGGAAGCUCCCGCACUCUCUACAUGUAGCAAUGCCAGUAUCUUUCGAAGGAUAAAUGCCAUAUUGGACAAUUCUCUGGACUUCAGUAAAGUCUGCACAACACCCAUAAACCGAGGAAUUCAUGAUCAUUUGCCAGACUUCCAGGACUCUGAAGAAACAGUUACAAGCAGGAUGCUUUUCCCCACUUCUGCGCAAGAAUCUUCCCGUGGCCUCCCAGAUACAAAUGACUUGUGCCUUGGCCUGCAGUCCCUCAGUCUGACAGGCUGGGACCGACCCUGGAGCACCCAGGACUCAGACUCCUCAGCCCAGAGCAGCACACACUCGGUAUUGAACAUGUUCCAAAAUCCAAUGGGAAAUGUCCUAGGAAAAACCCCCUUGAGCUUCCUGCCUCUGGAUCCCCUUGGGUCUGACUUGGACAAAUUUCCAGCACCCUCAGUUAGAGGAUCCCGCCUGGACACUCGGCCCAUCCUGGACUCCCGUUCUAGCAGCCCCUCUGACUCAGACACGAGUGGCUUCAGCUCUGGAUCAGAUCAUCUCUCAGAUUUGAUUUCAAGCCUUCGAAUUUCCCCUCCUUUGCCCUUCCUAUCUCUGACGGGCGGUGGCAGAGACCCUCUAAAGAUGGGAGUUGGAUCCCGGAUGGAUCAAGAACAAGCUGCUCUUGCUGCAGUUACUCCCUCCCCAACCAGUGCUUCAAAGAGAUGGCCAGGAGCUUCUGUGUGGCCAUCCUGGGACCUCCUCGAAGCUCCCAAAGACCCUUUCAGCAUAGAAAGAGAAGCUAGACUACACCGGCAAGCUGCAGCUGUGAAUGAAGCCACCUGUACCUGGAGUGGCCAGCUCCCUCCCCGGAACUAUAAGAACCCCAUCUACUCUUGCAAGGUGUUCCUAGGAGGUGUUCCUUGGGAUAUUACGGAAGCUGGAUUGGUUAACACCUUCCGUGUUUUUGGCUCUCUGAGUGUGGAGUGGCCUGGUAAGGAUGGCAAGCACCCCCGGUGUCCUCCCAAAGGUAAUAUGCCUAAAGGAUAUGUGUACCUGGUGUUUGAACUAGAGAAGUCUGUCCGGGCCUUGCUUCAGGCUUGCUCUCAUGACCCACUGAGCCCAGAUGGCCUAAGUGAAUAUUAUUUCAAGAUGUCCAGCCGAAGGAUGCGCUGCAAGGAGGUGCAGGUAAUCCCUUGGGUCUUGGCUGACAGCAACUUUGUCCGGAGCCCAUCUCAGAGGCUGGACCCCAGCAGGACGGUGUUUGUUGGUGCCUUGCAUGGGAUGCUCAAUGCUGAGGCUCUGGCUGCCAUCUUGAAUGACCUAUUUGGUGGAGUGGUGUAUGCUGGGAUUGACACAGAUAAGCACAAGUAUCCCAUUGGAUCUGGUCGUGUGACUUUCAAUAACCAACGUAGUUACCUGAAAGCGGUCAGUGCAGCUUUUGUGGAGAUCAAAACCACCAAGUUUACCAAGAAAGUUCAGAUUGACCCCUACCUAGAAGAUUCUCUCUGUCAUAUCUGCAGUUCACAGCCUGGUCCUUUCUUUUGUCGAGAUCAGGUCUGCUUCAAGUACUUCUGCCGAAGCUGCUGGCACUGGCGGCACAGCAUGGAAGGCCUGCGCCACCACAGUCCCCUGAUGCGAAACCAGAAGAACCGAGAUACCAGCUAAAGAAGCUGGCCUUACCCAGUGGCCUGUGGCACCCAAGGCUGGCAGGUCAGGCAGCAGCCUGUACCAUCCUGCCACUGGUGCCCAAGGAUCUGGCUUCCCGAGGACAAGGGAAAAUUGUAGUCACCUUUGCACUCGCUGAAUCUGUCUUUGUUUCUGCACUAAUUAAUGCACAAUGAGUUUUGUCAGGUUUUGUUUUCAGGGGGUGUGCCAGACAAGGACCCUCUGGCUCACCCUCAAGUGACGCUGUAGUUUUCCCAGAUUUUAGUUCCUCAUUUUGCAGAUGAAAAGAGAAAAAAACUGUGUGUCCAGAAGGUAUUGACACAGAUGCCUACAUCUAGGUUUAUUUAUUAAAGCGCUUUUUUACAUUCCUUGCAAUACUGAUGGUGAUGCCGCACAGGUCUCAUUGGUUUCAUUCUUGCAGUUGCCAUACAGUGCCUUUCCAUUUAUUUAACCCCCACCUGAACGGCAUAAAUUGAGUGUUCAGCUGGUGUUUUUUACUGUAACCAACAAGGAGACUUUGCUCUUCAUUUAAACCAAAUCAUAUUUCAUAUUUUACGCUCGAGGGUUUUUACCAGUUCCUUUUUACACUCCUUAAAACAGUUUUUAAGUCGUUUGAAACAAUAGAUUUUUUUUUUCUUUCCUGGCAGCUUUUAACAUUAUAGCAAAUUUGUGUCUGGGGGACUGCUGGUCACUGUUUCUCACAGUUGCAAAUCAAAGCAUUUGCAACCAAGGAAAAAAAUUGUUUUAUUUGAAACUGGACCGGAAAAAAAUGGUGUAUGAGCGGCUGCUGUACAUAGUUUUAAAUGGUUUACUGCACCUUCUUAUGUUGCACUUAUGUGGGGGGGGGUUGAUAGAAGUUUUUAAUCACAGUCACAGGACUUUCUUUUGUAACUGAGCUAAAAAAAAAUAAAAGGGCUGCUUUUUGGUGGGGGGCAGGUGAAGGCUCACAGGAGCCCUUUCUCUUAGAGGGGGCAAGUACCCUUCCUUUUAUUUGAAGAAUGUAUGAAUCAACAGUUGAAGUUGACUAAAUGCUACUGGAAUUCAAAAACUUGACUCUUUUUUUUCUUUUUAAUUUAAUUACUACUUGCCCCUCUUAGGGAUGCUGUGUGCCAAAGAAUCAGUGUCAUAACCCCCUUCUUCCCUCUUGCUGAGCUGAUGUUGCAUUGUUGCAUAUCCCAGCUACUCUGUGGGUUUUGUGAAGCUGUGUGUGAAGUCUCUACCUCAUUGUAGUAUAUGCAGGCAAGACUGCACUCUCCUACAGAUGUGUGGAGUAAGCUGUGGUGUAGUUUUUUUGGCACAUAAUAAACACGUUGCAGCAGA